AGCCGGAGCUCGGGAACCCCACUUUGCUGAUCGAGAGAGGGCAGUAGGUGUGAAGUGGUUCAGUAUUGAGCUGCAGACUGUAGAGUGAGGAGCAAAUUCACCUUCCUUCCCCCCGCCACCCCGGAAUGUGAUUGGAGUCUGUUUGAAUUUGUCUCUACGAUGCUCUGAGAGCCGAUUACCUGUGACUGAUCUCGAUUACACCCCCUCCCCGGUAUCGGAACAAAAGUCAUGUCUCGCCCAGCCGGGGCAGGUAUCGAUACCAACGCCGGACUGACCGAGCCCCCCACGGGCGGCGCGGAGACAGCCGCCGCCGGGGUAUCGGUUACUAAUCGGAGAGGUAUCGAAUCGAUUAGUCGCGGAGGAGGAGCAGGGGCGGCAAUGCUGGAGGUGGCCACCGAUUCCGGGCUCUGGGCGAAGGGGAGAGCGGACGCCGGCUCCGGUAUCGGCGCAGGUAUCGGCGCCGAUAUGAACUUCACGGGCGAGGAGAGCCCCCCGUUCCUCACCGAUUCCUGGCUGGUGCCUCUGUUCUUCGCGUUGAUCAUGUUGCUGGGACUAGUCGGAAACUCGCUGGUGAUUUAUGUGAUCAGCAAACACCGGCAGAUGAGGACAGCCACCAACUUCUACAUCGCAAAUCUAGCGACGACAGACAUCAUCUUCUUGGUAUGCUGUGUUCCGUUUACAGCCACACUUUAUCCACUGCCCAGCUGGAUAUUUGGAGACUUCAUGUGCAAAUUUGUCAACUACUUACAGCAGGUGACUGUCCAGGCGACAUGUAUCACACUCACUGCGAUGAGUGUGGACCGCUGUUACGCGACUGUUUAUCCACUCCGGUCACUGCAUCGCCGUACCCCGAGGCUAGCAAUGGCAGUCAGUGUGGUCAUCUGGAUCGGCUCCUUCCUUCUGUCUGUCCCCAUGGCAAUGUACCACAGAUUGGAGCAGGGCUACUGGUAUGGGCUGCAGACUUAUUGCAUUGAAGCAUUUCCGUCAGUAUUGCAGCAGAGAGCCUUCAUUGUGUACACGUUUCUUGCAGUCUACCUGCUUCCCUUGUUCACCAUCUGUGUGUGCUACACUGUCAUGUUGAAGAGAGUGGGCCAGCCCAUGGUUGAACCCAUUGACAGCAACUAUCAGCAGGUCCCCCACUUAUCAGAGAGAUCGAUUGCUAUGAGAGCCAAGGUAACCAAGAUGGUGGUGGUGAUUGUAUUGCUGUUUACCAUCUGUUGGGGGCCCAUCCAAUUCUUCAUCCUCUUCCAGGGCUUCUACAUCAACUUCCAGGCCAACUAUGAGACCUACAAGAUCAAAACCUGGGCCAACUGCAUGUCAUAUGCUAACUCUUCAAUCAACCCCAUUGUCUAUGCAUUCAUGGGUGAGAGCUUCAGAAAGUCCUUCAAGAAAGCUUUCCCCUUUAUGUUUAGGAAACGAGUGAGAGACAGCAGUGUCGCCAACGGCUCCAGAAAUGCAGAAAUGAAGUUUGUCACAGAGGAGUCUUAAGUUCUUGGAAGAUGACAACUGACUUGAAAACAAUUCAAUUAUCAUUAACCAAAUGGCAAACUGAAAUUCCUUGUUAUUAACUUGUAAUGCCUGUUUCUUGGAAAUAAUGAGCCAGAUAAUGACAUUUGCCAAGAUUCUAGAUCAAGAUCUUGUGAAUAAUUUCCAUUCGGAGGAGAAUUUACCAUUCAGUCCAACAACUUAGUUCAGACUCGAUGGGCUAAACGGCCUCUUCUGUACUGUAUGACUCUAAGCCCAUUCUCUCCGUGACUCAUCUAUCAUACUGUCCACCCAACCCAACUGAUCUGUUUUGGAGUUUAGCUAAUCCAGUGAUCCAUUGCAGCUGUAUUGGAGCUACCUAACUCAACUCAUCUCUUGACAUCUAUCCAACCCAACUCACAGUCAACAACAAACAUCAGCCAUCUAACUUGCAGUGUUCAAAUGAAGUGUGACUGCAUGGCUUCUUGUUGUCAAAUAAUUGUGUCAACUCCAGGACGAUUACCCUCCAGAUAUUCAAAAUGCUUUGUCAGACAAGACUGGAGCUAAAGCAGGAAGCUCAUUCCAAACUGUGAAAUUCUAGGUUAGCUACGGGAUUAAUGGAUGGGAGGAAGAUGGUAAAAGUUAAUAACAGGCUGCUAUUUAUGUGUAGGGGGCAAGCGGGUCAAGUGUCUUUGACUUGUGCCUGAAGAGACAACUGCAGGUGGAGGUGCCCCAUCAGAAAAGAGGUUGCAACGUAUUGUGUAAGAGGGAGUUUGCAUUCACAUUUGGCAGCAAUUGUCUUUUACACCCUCUGCACUUUUAAAGUCAGUUAGUUACUCUUAAAAGUGUACCUUCUUGUUGUAACUUAGAAAUAUUCCAGCCAUUUUAUGCACAAUAAAGCGUUACCAUCAACAAUGGAAAUGCAUGAUAAAAUGA